ACCAGUGGGUAUAAAAGUGUUGUGAUGCAAAGCAACGUAUCUUCUCUGCUCUGGAGAGUGCGGAAGACUCCGGGCUGAGAGAGAGAGAGAGAGAGAGAGAGAGAGAGAGAGAGAGAAAGAGGCGGAGUAGGAAAGUUGCAAUUUAAAAAGACAAUUGGAUUGAGUGUUCUCAGACUUGCGUUGCGACCAUGGGACUGGGGAGAGGAAAAGAUGAGUACAAGUUGGCGGCAACCUCAGAUGGAGGGAGCAAGAAAGCGAAGAAGGCGAAGGGGAAGAAGGAUAUGGAGGACCUGAAGAAAGAAGUUGACCUGGAUGAUCACAAGUUAACCUUGGACGAACUCCACAGAAAGUAUGGCACCGACCUAUCCAGGGGUCUUUCCAACUCCAGAGCAAAAGAGAUCCUGGCCAGAGACGGCCCAAACGCCCUCACGCCUCCCCCCACGACGCCUGAAUGGGUCAAGUUCUGUAAACAGCUGUUUGGUGGCUUCUCCAUGCUGCUGUGGAUUGGCGCCCUCCUCUGCUUCCUGGCUUACGGUAUCCAGGCGGCCUCAGAAGACGAACCGGCCAACGAUAACUUGUACCUGGGCGUCGUGCUUUCUGCUGUCGUUAUCAUCACCGGCUGUUUCUCCUACUACCAAGAGGCCAAGAGCUCCAAGAUCAUGGACUCCUUCAAGAACCUGGUCCCACAGCAAGCUCUGGUCCUUCGUGACGGCGAGAAGAAGAGCAUCAACGCUGAGGAGGUGGUGAUAGGGGAUUUGGUGGAGGUGAAAGGUGGAGACCGGAUCCCUGCGGAUCUGCGGAUUGUCUCUGCUAGUGGCUGCAAGGUGGACAACUCCUCUCUGACUGGUGAAUCUGAGCCUCAGACUCGUACCCCUGACUUCUCCAACGACAACCCGCUGGAGACCAGGAACAUCGCUUUCUUCUCCACCAACUGUGUUGAAGGUACCGCCAGAGGAGUCGUCAUCAACACCGGAGACCACACCGUCAUGGGCCGCAUCGCCACCCUGGCGUCCAGUCUGGAUGGCGGCAAAACUCCCAUCGCCAAGGAGAUCGAGCACUUCAUCCACAUCAUCACGGGCGUGGCCGUCUUCCUCGGUGUUUCCUUCUUCGUCCUCUCGCUCAUCCUCGGGUACGGCUGGCUGGAGGCCGUCAUCUUCCUCAUCGGCAUCAUCGUGGCCAACGUGCCAGAAGGUCUCCUGGCUACCGUCACCGUGUGUCUGACCCUGACCGCCAAGCGCAUGGCCAAGAAGAACUGCCUGGUGAAGAACUUGGAAGCUGUGGAGACUCUGGGCUCCACCUCCACCAUCUGCUCCGACAAGACCGGCACCCUGACCCAGAACAGGAUGACCGUGGCCCACAUGUGGUUCGACAACCAGAUCCACGAGGCCGACACCACGGAGAACCAGAGCGGCGCCUCCUUCGACAGGAGCUCUGCCACCUGGAACGCUCUGGCCCGAAUCGCCGGGCUGUGCAACCGCGCCGUGUUCCUGGCAGAGCAGUCCAACGUCCCCAUUCUGAAGAGAGACGUGGCCGGUGACGCCUCAGAAGCCGCCCUGCUCAAGUGCAUCGAGCUCUGCUGUGGACCCGUCGGCAACAUGAGAGACAAAUACGAAAAGCUUGCAGAGAUCCCCUUCAACUCCACCAACAAAUAUCAGCUCUCCGUCCACAAGAACGCGACUCCGGGAGAGACCAAGCAGCUGCUGGUGAUGAAAGGCGCCCCAGAGAGGAUCCUGGACCGCUGCUCCACCAUCAUGCUGCAGGGCAAAGAGCAGCCUCUGGACGACGAGCUGAAAGACGCCUUCCAGAACGCCUACGUGGAGCUGGGAGGACUUGGAGAGAGAGUGCUGGGUUUCUGCCACUUCAACCUGCCCGACGACCAGUUCCCAGAGAACUUUGCUUACGACACGGAGGAGGUGAACUUCCCCACUGAGAACCUUUGCUUCAUCGGCCUCAUGUCCAUGAUCGACCCCCCUCGUGCUGCUGUGCCCGACGCCGUCGGCAAAUGCAGGAGCGCCGGAAUCAAGGUUAUCAUGGUGACAGGGGACCACCCGAUCACAGCCAAGGCUAUCGCUAAGGGCGUGGGCAUCAUCUCUGAAGGCAACGAGACGGUUGAAGACAUCGCCGCCCGCCUGAAUGUACCGGUGUCAGAGGUCAACCCCAGGGAUGCCAAGGCCUGUGUCGUCCACGGUGGUGAGCUGAAGGAAAUGACUCCCGAGCUGCUGGACGACGUUCUCAAGUACCACACUGAAAUCGUCUUCGCCAGAACCUCCCCGCAGCAGAAACUGAUCAUUGUGGAGGGCUGCCAGAGACAGGGAGCCAUCGUGGCCGUGACGGGCGACGGCGUGAACGACUCUCCCGCUCUGAAGAAGGCCGACAUCGGCGUCGCUAUGGGCAUCGCUGGAUCUGACGUCUCCAAGCAGGCCGCCGACAUGAUCCUGCUGGACGACAACUUUGCCUCCAUCGUGACCGGGGUGGAAGAAGGACGUCUGAUCUUUGACAACUUGAAGAAGUCCAUCGCCUACACGCUGACCAGUAACAUCCCCGAGAUUUCCCCCUUCCUCCUCUUCAUCAUCGCCAACAUCCCCCUGCCCCUGGGAACCGUCACCAUCCUCUGCAUUGACCUGGGAACUGACAUGGUCCCCGCCAUCUCCCUGGCUUAUGAAGAAGCAGAGAGUGACAUCAUGAAGAGGCAGCCCAGAAACCCCAAAACAGACAAGCUGGUGAACGAGAGGCUCAUCAGCAUCGCCUACGGACAGAUCGGAAUGAUGCAGGCCGUCGCCGGCUUCUUCACGUACUUUGUGAUCUUGGCUGAAAACGGUUUCCUCCCCAUGGACCUGCUGGGGAUCAGGGUGCUGUGGGACGACAAAAUGGUCAACGACCUGGAGGACAGCUACGGGCAGCAGUGGACGUACGAGCGCAGAAAGAUCGUAGAGUUCACAUGUCACACAGCUUUCUUCGCCAGUAUCGUGGUCGUCCAAUGGGCCGAUCUGAUCAUCUGUAAGACCAGGAGGAACUCCAUCCUGCAACAGGGAAUGAAGAACCGUAUCCUCAUCUUUGGACUGUUUGAGGAGACAGCUCUGGCUGCUUUCCUGUCAUAUUGUCCAGGCAUGGACAUUGCCCUCAGAAUGUACCCUCUUAAGCCAUGUUGGUGGUUCUGUGCCUUCCCCUACUCCCUCCUCAUCUUCCUGUACGAUGAAGGCAGAAGAUACAUCCUCAGACGCAACCCAGGGGGUUGGGUGGAGAUGGAAACAUACUACUGAGGCAACACACAGUCAGUGUUCCAUCGUUGUUUUACUGCCAUGUUACAUAUUGGUCUGAUGUGUCGCCUAAAACACAAAGCAUGGAUGAAAUAAGAAUAUUUUGAUGUAUAUGUCCUUCACAAUAAAACAUUUCCGUACUAUUGUACAUUGAUGCUA